GUGCCUGACCUUGUAUCAGCAACCAUCGAAAAGAAAAAAAAAAACUGAACGAAAAACAAAAAGUACCUUUUGCUUUUACAAAUACAUCUUCAUUUGUCGAAUUUUUCUAUUCUUCCUCGCACCAAAGCCCGCUGUCGCUGCGUACCGAAUUUCAUCAAGCACGAAAAAUAAUCAAAAUGACGGUGCUCAGCAAGUUCGCCCGCGAGACGGUGUCCCGGACUGCCGCUCGGAACUUGCGGACAAAAUUGAAUCUCGGGGCUUCUUCUCGCACCUCAGGAGCGCUGGCUCCUUGCUCGACGGCACUGAGCAACAAGUUAGGAGCUGGCGCGGCGCAACAUGGAUCACAGUUCAAGAAUUCGUGGACGAGUGCAAGCGUUAUCCGUAAUUUCUCGACAGAGAACAACACUGCAUCUACCGGGGCGGAAAAGAUGGAGUUCAAAGCGGAGACGAAAAAGUUGCUGAACAUCGUGGCCAAAUCGCUGUACACGGAUAAGUAUGAACCGCAAAAGUAUCGUACUCGUAUAAAUGCAUUACAAAUUUCCUCAGCAUGAGAAAGAAAAUCUGUAAUGCGGAUUGACCUUCAAAAAAAGGAUUUGUAAUGCAUGAUUACAUCCCUACGAGCGCGAUACUUUUGCAGUUCAUAAUAAGGAAGUCUUCAUCCGGGAGUUGAUCAGCAACGCGUCAGACGCGUGUGAGAAACUGCGGUUCUUGCAAACCUCGGGCAAAGCGCCCGAGGAACUGACGAGUAAGGACCAGCAGCUGCAGAUCGAGCUGAGUUGCGACGAAAACUUGCGACUGUUCACGAUUCAGGACUACGGGAUCGGAAUGACAAAAGAGCAGCUGAUCCACAACCUGGGUAGUAUGGUGGUGCUGCAUUCUUUUUUUUCAACUGUCAUGUUGUGGUUGUGCAUGCACAUGCUGUGUGUAAAUGAAACUGCUGCUACAACUACACGAACAAGAAUGAUGAACGAAGAUCAAGAUGAAUUGGAAUUCGAAUGACGAUCAUCAAUAUGAAUUUCAUCUACAGGUACCAUCGCCCGGUCUGGUUCCCGGGAAUUCCUUGAGCAAACUAUUGAGAGGAAAAAUCCCCCCUCCCCAUAUCGAAAAGGUAUGUUUCCGAAAAUUUGCGUUGCUGAUUUGAGGUCACAAAUCACAUUUGUCUUGCAAGAAGACAAAUGCAGAGGCUUCCGCGCCAAUAUGGAAGCGAUUUCGCAUGCUGUUGGGCCUAGAGGACAGCCGUUUGUAGUGCUAAGCACCUAGACCCAAAUGCCCCUCCCUAGGCUGCGGAUCUGGCUGCGAUGCCGUAUUGCAAGACAGCGCGCAUUCGUGUACACAUAUCCUGCAUCAGAGAUUUCCCGUUUGAUAUGGGGUGGGGACUUUUUUCAUUUUGAUACAAACGUCCACCGGGUCCGGCGAAGCGGAGCAGCAGAACACGACCAUUAUCGGACAGUUUGGCGUCGGGUUCUACUCCGCCUUCGUCGUGGCGGACAAAAUUGAGGUGCUCACCCGGUCGGCGGACGCAAGCAACAAAGGGUACAAGUGGUCCUCGGACGGGAUGGGGGAGUUCACCAUUGAGGAACUCCCGGAAGACCAAACGCCCGCCCGCGGCACGAAGAUCCAGCUGCAUUUGAAGGAGGACUGCAGCGAGUUCUCGAAGUUGUUGACCGUGAAGAGUUGUGCGAAGAAGUUCAGCAGUUUCGUCGACUUUCCGCUUUUUGUUCAGGAGGAGGCUGGGAAAAUGAAAGAGUUGAAUAAACAAGAACCCCUGUGGUUAAAAGCGAAAGCGACGGAAGAGGAACACUCCGAGUUUUACCGCUUUCUUUCCGGUACCAGUUACGGCGACCCGUACUACACUUUAUCCUUUGCGUCCGACGUGCCCCUGACCAUCAAGUCUCUCUUUUACGUCCCGGAGGACGCGCCCAGCCGGUUCUUCGCGAAAGAACCGGAAAUCGGGGUGGCGCUGCACUGCAGGCGCGUGUUGGUGAAGAAGCAAGCUGAGGGGAUUAUGCCGCGGUGGCUGCACUGGGUGAAGGGGGUGGUGGACUGCGAAGAUAUGCCGCUGAACAUUAGUCGCGAGAGCAUGCAGGACACGGCAUUGAUGAACAAGUUGUCUUUGGCGGUGGUCAGGAGGUUCUUGCGGUUUUUGGACCAACAGGCGAAAAAGGACGCCCAGAAAUACUUGAAGUUCUACAAAAACUACUCGUAUUAUCUGAAAGCGGGGUUGAUCGAAGACAGGGAUCAGGGGGGACGGCAUAAGGUGAGAAAUACGCAUUCGUAGAGACGGGCGCUUUUUAUUUUGUUUCUGUUGUAGUUCGACCAGUAAAAAAUCAGUACUACACGCUCCUUGGAACCACUUUGCGACUCAUGGUACAGAAUCACGUCCGUGUACCGACAAAACUUACACAGGAAGAACUGACGAAGUUGCUCCGGUACGGCGUUUCCACCCGGCCAGAGGGCGAGUUGAUUUCCCUCCAGGAUUACGUGGACAAUCACAUGGUGUCUACGGACAACGGCAAGCAGAAGAACAUUUAUUACUACUGCGUGCCAAACCGCGAAACAGCGAUGAAUUCGCCCUAUAUGGAGCAAUUCCAGGAGCGGGGACGGGCAGUAUAACUUUGUAGUGCAAUAAGAAUAAGUAUAAGUUUUGAACAACCGUGUGCGUGUUUGUGAUGUGGGCGCGCAAGAGUUUAAGCGCUUUUUCUUUUUCUCGUUGUCGUUGCGCAUUGCAAAUCACGACUAAAAAUCCUUUCCCGCAGGUUCUCCUCAUGCAUGAGGACAUCGACGAAUUUGUCCUGAGCAGCGCUCUUGACGGGUACAAGGAGCACAAAUUAGUCGCGAUUGACGCGCAGGGAAAAGAUUUUGAACUGGAUUUGGAUGAAAAGAAGGCCAGCGAGACCGAAAGCGGGGAGAAAGUGGAACUGAGUACAUGAUAGCGACGUUGAUUUGUUUUUCAUGUUUUCUAUUGCACGCAAUACGACUAGAACUCUCCAAGUAGAUGAUUCAGCAUUUCUUACUUUGUAUGAAUUCGCACCAUAGAACAUCAAAGCUCAUCCGAACAAACCCUACAACAGGCAGCGCGCAGCAAGAGGAACUGAAGACGUGGCUGAAGGACACGCUGGGGCAAAAGGUAAUGGAGAUCAAAUUCACGGACCGGCUUGUGUCCAGUCCGGCUAUUGUGACCAGCAUGCUGACCCCACACAUGCGCAAGAUGAUGAAGCAGAUGAUGGCAGCGGGAGCGGGGGGACAGGGCGGAGGCGGCGCGGACGCGGUGCCGAUGACCCUGGAGAUUUCCGCAAAGCACAGCAUCGUAAAAACGCUGUACAGCAUCAAGAACAGCAACGAAGAGGUGGCGAAAUUAUCGGCUGAGUUGUUAUUCGACAACGCUUGCAUCGCCGCGGGGAUGUUGGACGAACCCAGGUCCGUUUUGCCGCGGUUGAACAAGAUUCUGGAGACCAUGGUCAUGCAAGGAGCGGGGUACGACUACGGAAAGAAGGAGUACGUUGGUGCGGGAGGAGGUGCAGGUGAGGUACAACAACCGGGAGAGAACAAAAAUGCGGAUGUAGAAAGUGCAACUUCCAGCUCCAAGGGGGAUGCGAAAGUCGAUGAAAAGGCCGCAUUCUCUAGUACCGCCGCAGGGGCUGCAGCGGAGAGUAGCGCGACAUCGGAAGCAGUCAACGACGAUCCGACAGUGACUAAUCCGGUCGAUGCGGGGGAGAUGCCGAUUUGGAGCAAGCGCGAAGCUAGCGGAAACGAGCGACUGCAGGAAGUGAAGAUGUAGAUGUGAGCCCUUGUUUGCGUGGCGCGAGACCUCCGGUUUCGUCAUGAGCAUACCAAAUGAACAAAUUUGUUUUCGGUAUCCAAACGUCUUCGCUUUGUGUCGCCGAAAAAAAAAUUUCGGCGACAAAAAAAGAUACAGCUACACAUCUAAUGACAACAUGAAGAUCAUUUUUGUCUUUGUGUAUUCUUUUCAGAUAGAACUCGCUCGGAGGCAAAAAACCGCACGACUUUCUUUCAGGACGAGAAUACAUUAAACUUCUUAAAAAUAUCGGACUCAUUGUGAAGAUCAAAAAAGCACGACGUUGGUUUCUUCUGUCUGCUUGACAGGCUUGGAACGUUUAUUGUUCUGUGGCCUCUGACAAUAGUAUACUGCUGAUCGAGGGUUCGUGGCCCAAGUUCAAGGCCGGACAAACUAUUUGUGUGUGUACUUCUGUG